AUUAAGGGCUAUACUCGUUCCCAUUUUCAUCACAAAUUAUAUAGAAAUAUUAUGCGGAGUAUGGACCAUGGUAAUACUAUGGGUUAUCCUCUCUUAUAAGCAUAGAUAAUAAAAACAUGAGGGUAUUUAAUAAAAACAAAUGCACAGUACACUACUCUGUACUACAAAUCCGAAAGACAGCUGUGUCUUGGUGACACAUAAUUGGACAUAACAUGACAUAUUCUGUCAUUGUUGUAUACCUCUAAUAAUUUUAAAUUUGUUUCGAUUAACUUCUAUUGAAAUUGGUAUUUAACCAUAGAAUUGAAUUAAUAAUUAUAAUUAAAUAUUCACCUUCUCUAGGGAAAAAAACUCUUCAUUAACAAAUAAAAAAAACGAUGGUCACAAACAAAAAUCUUACAUGAGCACGAACUUAAGAUAUACAAUUUUAUUUACAAUUAUAAAAUUACAUAUAUUUCUUCAUUAUUAAGUCAUGUCAUUUAAGUGGUAUAAAUUAUCAUGCAAUUUUAAAGAGCUCCAAUUAAUCGGUACCUUAAAUGGUGGUCAAAGUUUCAGGUGGACACAUGAUGAAAAUAGUAAUGAAUGGACUGGUGUUUUUGCAAGAACAGUAUGGAAGUUAAAACAUGAAGACAAUUAUUUAAAUUAUCAAGUAAUUGGUACCUUACACAGGUCAGAUACUGGAAAUAAUUUUUUUGGGAUACUUCUGGAAAAAUAUCUUCGUCUUGAUUUAGACUUGAUUAAAUAUUAUGAAGAAUGGUCUUCUAAAGAUGAACUGUUCAAGUCAGCUUGUAAACAAUUCUUUGGAAUUAGAAUUUUGAAUCAAGAACCAGUGGAAAAUUUAUUUUCAUUUAUUUGUAGUCAAAACAAUCAUAUAUCAAGAAUUUCAUCAAUGGUUGAAAAGUUGUGUCUGCAUUAUGGUGAAGAAAUAUGUACACAUAAUGAAGUUAAAUAUUAUUCAUUCCCAUCUGUUGAAAAACUUGCACAGCCAGAGGUGGAGUCUAAAUUAAGGAAUCUGGGAUUUGGGUAUAGAGCUAAAUUUAUACAAACAGCUGCAACACAAAUUGUUGCAUGGGGUGGUGAAGAAUGGUUCAACAGUUUGAAGGAUAUGAAAUACAAAGAGUCCAGACAAGAACUGAUGAAAUUAUAUGGAAUAGGCCCAAAGGUUGCCGAUUGUAUAUGUCUAAUGUCACUCAGUCAUUUAGAGGCGGUACCAGUUGACACUCAUGUGUAUCAAAUAGCCGCACAGAAUUAUUUGCCACACCUUAGAGGCAAGAAGAGUGUAACAGAGAAGAUGUAUGUUGAGAUUGGAGAUCAUUUUCGGAAAUUGUAUGGAGAUAUGGCUGGAUGGGCUCACACUGUACUAUUCUGUGCUGAUUUGAAGAAAUUUCAGCAAAAUUGUAGUAAUGAAUCAUGUGAAGGAAAGGUGAAGAGGAGAAAGAAAUAA